GUUUGACCUUCAAGGGCACAGCAACCUCGACAGAAGACGGUACCCCUAAAGCGUUGCCUUUCAACUCUCUUUGUGGCAUCGCGCCACUUUGACAAGUGUAGGUAGGUGGCUAUCUGUCAUCGCCUCGACAAAAACAACACAAUAUUCAGCUUCGGGUUUAUCAAGGCACCUAAAAUAUACCUUACCAUUCAAGGCGGUUCAAAACUGAGUACUGUUUUAGAAUAUAUUCUAAAACAGUAGCUAUAGCUACCAAAUGUAAAACAACAAUUCUCGUAUGGUGUUUGUGCGAACCAAGCCCAUUCUUUUCACUAUACAAGUGUCUUUCAUAUCCCAUGUGUUCACAGAAAUCCGUAAAUAACCCCGAUUUCAAAAACGAUUGUUGUUUACACACUCAGGUUGGCUGCACUUAUAAAGUAGCUACAUCAACUAGUUUGCGUUCGUAAACAUAACCAUCUAUCCUGUUAGUUUUCUUGGGGGUGAUCAAAUAUUUUCAGCACUCAGUACUUAAGUUUGUGUUUUCUCUAAUGUCCACAUACACCGAUUGGAAGAAUGUUCCUUUUCAGUUACCGAUAUUACUCCACCGUGGCAAAUCCUUUUACGAAGCUAGUUGAGAACAUUCUAUCCAAUUGAGUCUGAAAAUCUAUGUUGACAUUAAGUUUAGGUGCGUGUCUCUCAGCACUUGAUGAGGAACCAGGGGAGUACUACAUAGUUGGUUUUAAAGGUUCAUGCUACUAUUAUCAUUAUGGUGCUCAAGGUGUAAAUGACCAAGGCUGGGGCUGUGGUUACAGAACACUGCAAACCAUUUUAUCUUGGUACAAGCUCACGAAAUCCUGUCCCUUCGAUGUACCUACUUUACUUGAAGUUCAAAAUAUAUUGCAUGAAAUCGGGGACAAGCCUAGAGCUUUUGUAGGCUCUCAUGAUUGGAUUGGAACAUACGAAUGUGGAUUAGUAAUACAAUACGUGACAAAGCAUGAUUUUAAGAUAAUACGUGUGGAAAAUGGCCUUUUUACGGAGGAAAUAAUCAAAUUGCUUGUUGAUCAUUUUCAAGCACACGGAUCACCAGUCAUGCUCGGAGGAUACGACGACAGUUCAUCAAAAGGAAUCAUUGCAGUAAAAACGUUUCCUGAUCAGCCAACAAUGUUGCUAAUUUGUGAUCCCCACUGUUUUGAAAUACAUGGCAGCCCAACUAUCGCUAAAUUGUGCAAAGGAAUGUGGUUACGAUGGUGCAAAGUUACUGAAUUGUCAGAAAGACACUUUUAUAAUUUGUGUUUGCCUUUAUGAACAAAUACAUUUAUUUUACAAGAUGGA